AUGGAAGAGAUCAAGGAAGGUAGACAGAGGGACUUGAAAUUUACUCUGACUCUUAGUGGUGUUCUCAUGUUCAGAGGCAGAUUGUGUGUACCUGCAGUUGAUAUCCUGAAAGAUUUGGUGUUGAAAGAAGUACACCAAUCUUUGGUGUCUAUACAUCCAGGGAGUACUAAAAUGUGCAAGGACCUGAAGCAGUACUUGUGGUGGUAUGGAAUGAAGAAUGAUGUAGCAGCUUUUGUUUCCAAAUGUUUAACCUGCCAAAAAGUCAAGGCUAUUAGACAUCGACCUGGUGGAUUGCUACAGCCAUUGUCUAUACCGGAAUGGAAAUGGGAACAGAUUACAAUGGACUUUGUUACAGGCCUCCCUCGUACUAAGAAGGGUAUGGACACCAUCUGGGUAGUUGUAGACAGGCUAACAAAAACAGCCCAUUUCAUUCCCAUGAAGAUCACUUAUUCCAUGGAUAAGUUGGCUAAACUAUAUGUUGAUAACAUUGUUCGGCUACAUGGAGUGCCAGUGGAUAUUGUGUCAUACAGGGAUUCCAGAUUUACAUCAAGAUUUUGGAAGAGUCUGCAGAGUGCAAUGGAACUGGUUCAAUCUACUUGUGAGAAAGUUGAUCUUAUUAAAGAAAAGAUCAGGGUUGCCCAGUCUCGACAGAAAAGCUAUGCUGAUAGGAGAAGACAGCACUUACAGUUCAAUGUUGGAGAGAAGGCUUUCCUAAAAGUAUCUCCAACUAAAGGAGUUGUAUGCUUUGGUAAAAGAGGGAAGCUCAAUCCAAGGUACAUUGGUCCUUUCGAGUUCUUAGCCAAAGUUGGAGCAGUGGCCUACAAGCUAGCACUACCUCCAUCACUUGCAGGUGUGCAUCAUGUCUUCCAUGUCUCUGUGUUGAGGCAGUAUAUACCGGAUUCUACGCAUCUCUUACCUCAACAACCUGCUGAGCUAGUUGCUGAUUUGACAUAUGAGGAGGUACCAGAAAAAAUCCUUGAUAAGAAAAAACAUAAUCUGAGGAGCCGUACCAUCUCUUUUGUUAAAGUCAAAUGGAGUAAUCACUCUCCUGGUUCUGGGUCUGUGUCUAUGCUUGCCUCUAUGUUGUGGGCUGCAUCAGUAGUGGAUUUAGAGCAAUCCAUUGACACAUCUAUGAAGGAUUCUGAGGAGCCAGGACAGCUAGCUAUCCUUGAGUCUGAGAAUCUUGCCGGGUCCCAGCAUAUCAGUUUCUUAUGCCAGACAUGCUAG